AUGGAAGACCAGCAGAAGCCUCCGUCCUUCUCAAAUUUGCCCAAGAGCGCUUUGUUCUCCAGACUGGAAGCGUUUCUGCCCGUGAUGGCAGAAGAGAACAAGAAACUGCGUGAGGCGGUAGCAUCGGGAAAAGGCGACAAGCACAACAUCGAAGUGGAAGAAGACGAGGAGAAUGGCGGCGAACAGGAAGAUGAUGCUGUGGCUGAAGACGGCGAGAAGAAGGAGGAUCACAAGGUUCCAGUGAUUGAAAUGAACUUUGCACUAGGGACGAUGGAUGAGAACACCAGUGAUGGUGAGGGCUCGAAUGCUAUCAACCAGGAGGCACUGAUUAAGGGUGCAACAAGCGCUAAAUUAAUUGGUGCCAAUGCAGAAUCAACGCAGCAGCAAGACAAGUCGUCGUUCCGGAUGCAGCUUGAGAGACCCAGCAACAAGCCACGCCCUGUUAUCCAGGAACUAAGUUGA